AGGGUACUCGCAAGCCAGGGCACACACACACCACCGCGAGAGAGAGAGAGAGAGAGAGAGGUGCACAGAGAGAGAGAGAGAGAGAGAGAGAGAGAGAGAGAGGAGAUGCAGAGAGAGAGAGAGAGAGAGAGAGAGAGAGAGAGAGAGAGAGAGAGAGAGAGAGAGAGAGAGAGAGAGAGGGAGGGACAGAGAGAGAGAGAGAGAGAGAGAGAGAGAGAGAGAGAGAGGCGUGAGGGAGGAGGAGGUGUGCACAGAGAGAGAGAGAGAGAGAGAGAGAGAGAGAGAGAGAGAGAGAGAGAGAGAGAGAGAGAGAGAUGGCGACAGGUCUUGUCGCGCAGCCAUGGCAAAUGGGAAUAGACAGCGACUGCAGAACACCGAACGGGACGUGGAUGUUGUUCGACGAGGUGGAUGGGCGGCAUGGCUGUGCGGCAGGGUUGUCCAGAGUUGCGCACACACCCUUUUCGGCUCUGGAGUGCCGCCCGUACUCAACGCCUGGAAGACACGCGGCCCAGGAUUUCUGUCACCCCCAUCAGUCCAAAACUGGUUCCUGUUCGUCUUCGUCCACCAGACACGUGGCUCGUUCUGCUUCCCCGGGACCAUCUCCAUCUGGAAGACAAGUCUGCCAUCUUCGCGCCAUUUCUCCUCAUCAUGCGUGUAUUGCCGCCAAAUGUCUUUCUUCCCGCCAUUGCCCCUCUGAUACUGUCAAGUUUCCCGCCACCACAGUCUCGUCUGCCACGUGUCGCAUCGUGGGACCUCCUAGCAAAACCGCAAUGAGCCUACCAGCAGGUGGUUGUAGUGCAGCCGCUUCCUCUUCUGCUACCGCUUGUGGAAAGCAUUGCGUCUCCUCUGUACGAUCUAUCUUGAUCCCCCAGCAAUCUUUCUCCACCUCCUCCUCCUCCUCCUUCUCCUCCUCCUCCUCCUGCUGUUCCCCCUCCUCCUCCUCCUCCUCCUCCUCCUCCUGCUCUUCCUCCUCCUCCUCCUCCUCCCCUCCUACCCCUUCCUGUGGAUCUAAGCAUUCUCUCUUGCCACCGCCCCCCUCUUCAUCGUUAUUGCCACGUGGCACGCCAGGAGGGCGGGGUUGUGCCACGUGGCAGCCCAACUUCGCUGCGGCUCUUCAGAAGCUUCCACGAUUUGAUGAACGCGCGAGUAGCUUUCGAGGAAGAGGAGCAGGGCAAGUAGGAGCAAGAGUAGUGGUAGUAAUAGUGGGAGGAGGAGGAGAAAAAGGAGGAGGAGGAGGAGGAGGAGGAGGAGGAGGAGGAGGAGGAAAGGUUGUCUGCAGAGCAGGAGGACGAGCAGGCGGAGGAGGAGGAGGAGGAGGAGGAGGAAGACGAAGGUCGGCUGGCGAUGCUGGCGGUGGCAGCGAUCUGCCGCCUUCACCCCCGUCCCGGUCCCGACCUCCUCCCUUUCAGGAGCCCGUAGAACUGCCCCUCUUUCCCCUCCCACUUGUGCUUUUCCCGGGGGCAGUGCUCCCUCUUCAGAUCUUUGAGCACAGGUACCGAAUCAUGUUACAGACGAUGUUUGAGACGAAGGAGAUGAGGUUCGGAGUAAUUUACGCGGGAAAAGAUGGCGGCGGCGGGGAGGAGGAGUCGGCGGCGGCGGUAGGUUGUGUGGGGGAGGUGGUCAGACACGAGUGCCUUCAAGACGACAGGUUCUUCUUGAUCUGUCGGGGCGAGCAGAGGUUUCGCGUCGUCGACCUGGUCCGGACCAGACCUUACCUAGUUGGGAAAGUGGUCUUCCUGGAGGACGUGCCGUCGAUCGACGGGCGGAUGCCAGAGGACGAGCUGGAUAAUUUGGCGGGAGAAGUGGAGGUAUUAAUGAAGGACGUCAUCAGAAUGUCGAACAAGGUGAGCGGGAAAUCGGACACGGAGGUUCCGAAAGAUCUGAGGAGGAAAAGUUUCCCGACUCCGUUUUCUUUUUGGGUGGCGUCAACGUUUGAAGGCGCACCGCUAGAGCAACAGACGCUGCUCGAGCUGGAGGACACUUCAGAGAGACUUCGGCGGGAAAGGGACACUCUGCGCAAUACGCUUAAUUACCUCACAGCUGCGACCGCUCUCAAGGAUGCCUUUGCGUCCCGAUCCCCUUCGUCGGGUGAUCAAUAGUCGUACAGUAAUAAUACAAAGAGCGUUGGGGCGCUGAUCACUGCUUCUCCCCCUUCACUGCCUCCUCCUCUCCCCACUCCUCCUCCUACUCCCCACUCCUCCUCCUCCUUCUACUACUACUACUACUACUACUACUACUACUACUAGUAGUACUACUACUAGUACUUCUACUACUAAUUCUAGUACUACUACUGAUUCUAGUACUACUACUAAUUCUACUACUACUUCUAGUACCAUUACUUCUAGUACUACUACUACUAAUUCUAGUACUACUACUACUACUACUACUACUGCUACUACGGCUACUUCUACUGCCCCUUCCGUACGAAGAGCGGUAGAGUGCUGCUCUGUGAUCCUCCCAUCCUCCCCCUUCUGCUCCUCCCUCUUCUUCUCCUCCUUUCCUGCGGUCACCUCAUCCUUCCCUACCUUCUCUUCUUCUUCUUCUUCCUCCUCCGACGACGACGACGAUGGGACCUGCUCCUCCCUUCUCCUUUGCCUCCUGCGCCUUUUCCUUCCCUUUGUCCUCAUUUUCCCCUCUCCUCCACCUUCGGCAGUCGUCCUGCCCUUCCGCCUCCUCUCUCCUUCGCUUUCAUACUCCUACUUUUCCUCCCCUUCCCCCUCCUCAUUUUCCUUCUCCUCCUCCUUCGGUGAGUCCUUCUCCUGCGCUUCCGUCUCCUCCUCGUCCUCCUCCUAGUCCUCCUCCUUCGCUGCCUCCUUCGCCUCCUCCCCAUCCGCCUUCUCCUCGUCCUCCUCCUCGUCCUCCUCCUCCUCCUCCUCCUCCUCCUCCUCGUCCUCGUCCUACUGCUUCUUUCCUCCCGUCCUCCUUACUUUUCUUCUGGGUCUGCAUAGCUGCGCUUCACGUGCUCCGUUUCUCUCCACAUCUUGCUUCUCUCUCUCUCUCUCUCUCUCUCUCUCUCUCUCUCUCUCUCUCUCUCUCUCUCUCUCUCUCUCUCUCUCUCUCUCUCUCUGUGUGUGAGCGUGGAUUAGGGACGGCUGGCUGCAUUCCUACGCGUGUGAGAGUGCGCAAGCCUGACUACGUCAAUACCGUACUUUCGCCGACGGGAAGAUACGCUGGUACGGACAUGAUGCUGGCGAGUUUGUGGAGCAAUACGACCGCGGCAUGUAGUCUC